AUAGAAUUUCAGUCAUUCAGAAAAUUGCAUCCAAAUGCCACGGAAUAUCCUCAAUAUCUAGUAUCUAUUUGGCUGCCUUUCAAUGUUCAAACCCAUUUUACAUUAGCGUUAAUUUGUCAAACGGUUCUUUUUCUGCAAUCCUGUGUUUUAAAUUACUCAAGCACAGUUCUAUUUAAUACGCUUAUGAUUUAUGUAGUCAUUAAACUGAAAAUAUUACAACAUUUAUUUCAAAAUUUUAAUACGUAUCCGAAAAACUUGGAAAAUUUCCAUAUGGAAUUAAGAGAUGUUUUGGCAAUCGAUAACCUUAAGCAUCUCAUUCGUCAGCAUCAAGAUAUAAUCAGUUUUGUUAAGGAACUAGAUAAAAAUAUUAAAAUUGGAGUUCUGAUUGAGUAUACCAUAACUUCAUUGAUGUUGGCUACAAUAAGCAUUCAAGUAUUAACCGGAAACAAAGUAGCUAGUUUUUCCUUUUAUGGCUUAAUACUGAUUUACCAACUAUUUUUAUUGUCAUGGAAUGCGGCCGAAAUUAAAACUCAGAGCGAGAAAAUUGCUGGUGCAAUAUAUGCGACUGAUUGGUAUGUUUACGGUCCUGGUGUUAAGCAAAUAAUACAUUUCAUAAUCAUGAGAUGCUCUAGAGGGCUCUCAUUGGAUAUUGGACCGUUCGGUCCUAACGACUUAGGUGCUGCUUCUGCUAGGCUGAAAUUGGCAUAUUCCUAUGUAUCCGUGAUGGGCAACAACAAAUAAAAUGCAUAAAAGUUGAACUAGUUAUUAUAGAUUAUAUGCUAUCAUCACAAUGUUUAUGUAGAUUAUGUAGACUAGUAAACUACACGAUAGCAGUUUUAAUAUAUUGCAAUAUCAAAUGAAA